CCUGGGCACCAUUUCGGCUUUAAUGUAUACGAUUCUAUGAACGUAUGAGCCGAAAUGGCCGACACAUCGCUACAGUUUCCGGACCUACACGGACCGUGACACACUGCAUCGGUUUCGUUCCUAACUCAUUAACGGUGUAUCUACGUUUUGGAUUGCUAGUGCUCGUGAAAUGGACCUGCCGUGUUUUGAGUGGCAAAAGCACGUCGAAAAGAAAUGGGAUGGGUUGUCUACUGCGGAAAAGACGUCCUUUUCCUCUCUGUUAGACGUGGAUGAUAUUUUGUCUUUUGCUCGGUCACAGACUGACCGUGAUGUGACCGUCCUAACGGAUAUCUCUAAGAAGUACCAAAUGCGGAAGGACUCCGAAAGUGCCCCUGGCCUCAGGGAGAAGGGCAAUGAAUAUUUCAGAGCUCGGGACUACACCACGGCCACCAUGUUCUACUCCCAGGGUGUUUGCUGUGCCCCUCCUGGCUCCGAAGAACUCGCGCUGUGCUACGCCAACCGCUCGGCCGCCCUGCUCCACCUGCAUCUCCACCAGGAGUGCCUUCGGGAUAUCGGGAGGGCUUUGGAGCACGGCUACCCCACCCACCUGAAGCAGAAACUUCUGGACAGGAGACAGCAGUGCCUGAAACACCAGAGGGACGACGGCAGCACUAAAGAGGGGGGAUCUGGGAUAGCGUCAGAGUGCGACGGGUCAGGAUCGCUCCCCCACGUAUCCCCUGCAGUGCACCUUCGCUUCAGCCCUGAAAAAGGGCGACACCUGGUGGCCAGGGAAGAUGUGGCAGCCGGAGAGAUUUUGCUGGAGGAAAGGGCAUUUGCCUGUGUCCUGAUCCCAGGAACAGGCAUGAGAUCUGGGGCCCAAAACAGUGCAGUGGAGGAGGAGAACCCGGACGCAUUUGGCACGGAACACCUUCUCUGCCACCAUUGCUUGUCGAGAACCAACAACCCAGUGCCUUGCCCAGGCUGUAGCUACACCCGCUAUUGUGGAGAGGGGUGCCAGCAGGUAGCAUGGCAGAGGCACCACUGUUGGGAGUGUCCUUUUGAGGGGGAGCUGCGCUCCCUGGGGGUGCUGGCCCACCUGGCGCUGAGGGUGGUGUUCAGGACAGGAUUGAAGGAAGUCCAGAAGGUGAGGGAAAUGGCAAGAUGGACUUCAGCGCCACCCGGUGGUCAGGAGACGUCACCGCGCACCUGCCAGGACCCCCCAGAGCUCCAGUUGGAUGGCUCAUACAUGUGCGUCUACUGCCUGCUGCCCCAUGUGUCCGGGCACCCGUCCAGCCUGCGCUUUCUGUGUGCCGUCACCGUGGCAACUCUCUGCCAGAGUCUCAAGGAAGCCGGCGUCCUUCAGAACUUCCUGGGUGAUGAAUGUGACAAACAAUGGGGUGGGGUCUGGUGUCCGGAACUGGGUAUGCUGGGAGCUGCAGUCCUAAGGCACAUGUUCCAGCUGAGAUGUAACAGCCAGGCGGUGACUGUGCUGAGAGACUGUGGUGUGGGCUGCUCCUCCGUAUCCCCUGUGCAGGAGGUGAGAGUCGCUACAGCCAUUUUCCCCACCCUCAGUAUGCUGAACCAUUCCUGCCGUCCCAACAUUGGCACCGUGUUCCGGACAGUGGGGGUCCCUGUGUCCCCCAGGGGACAGCCGGGUGCGGUCUGCGGGGGUGUCAUGGUCACAGCUCGCGCCUCUCGGGAUGUCAUUUCGGGUCAGGAGCUCCUGCACUGUUACGGCCCCCAUUACAGCCGAAUGCCGACCUCGGAGCGGCAGCUCCUCCUGCUGGAGCAGUACUUCUUUCGCUGCUGGUGCGACGCCUGUCGUGAGCACCAGAGGGCGGCGGCAGCCUCGGGUCUGCGAUGUCCCCGUUGUGGAUGCCCCCUGCUGUGUGCCAAGCUGGGCUACCUCUGCCCACGCUCAGGUUGCGAUUUCCAGCUGGCCCAUGGGGAGCUGAGUCGCCGGCUUCAGGGGCUUGAAGAGCUGCUGGACCAGGCGACGCGCCUCAUCGAGACGGACCGGCCAGACCAGGCAGCACAGGAGCUCCAGGUGGCGAUCAGAGAUGCCAGCCGCUUCUUGGAGGAAACCCACCCACUGCAGGGCCAGCUGGCGGACGUGGCAGCGCGGGCGCAGGCCGCCAUGGGCAACUGGAGGCAGGCUGCCACCCAGCUAAGCCGCAGCAUACCUGCCAUCCAAGUCCAGUAUGGAGAUGACAGUGCAGAACUGGGGCGUCAGCUCUUCAAACUGGUCCAGCUGCACUUCAACGGGCAGCAGCCCCCUGAAGCUACCUCUCUCAUCCCCAAAGCCCGCCACAUCCUCUCCCUGCACUGUGACCCUUUGUGUGAGGAGCUACAGGAGCUCAGGGCCAUAGAGGACUGCCUGCAGGGGGCGCAGUGACAUAUACACAUGCAACCGCCUCAUUCCUCCUUCCUUUAAAAGCGUCAUCAUGCUCAUGGCAGCAGCAGUUUUGGGAAUAAACUUUACCCAGGGGACUAUGGGAUUAAAUCCGAUAAGGGAAUCUGGGAGCGACAGCCAAAGGAUGCUUCAUGAACCAAUAGCUGUUUUUUUUUACACCACUAGAUGGUGCUCUCUGUUCAAAAAUUCUUGUUCCAGUUCAUGCUCCAAAGCAAGCCAAGAGCACCAUCUAGUGGGGUCAAAAAAUACAGAAUGUGGUUCAUGAAGCUUCAUUUGGCUGUCGCUAGUGUCAGGGUCAUGCACCAAGGUUUCAGGAAAGAUCCAAUAGACUAGAGUUUAUGUGGUUUUUGCUGCAAGUCAUUAUAUCUGGAAAAUAAAAGGACAUAAAGAUCUA